AUACUCCAAAAUUUCGAUACAAUCAAAGCAGCAGAGAAAUGAUCAACUGAAAACCCAACAUAAGAAAAGGGUCUAUAAAAGCGAACCAUACUCUUCUAUACCCUUUAUUAUUUCCCCAUUUGCUCUCUAUCUAGCUGUUCACUCUCUUCGUAUUCUCCGCCACUUUCUCUCUUCAGAUCCAUUUUCUUUUUAGAUCCAUUCAUUCAACAAUGGCUUCUUUCGCCAUCUCUUCCCUUUCCUGCUCCUUCAAGCAGAAUCAGGUGCAUUUGAAGGGCUCUUCUCUUUCUGUUAAAGGAGUGAGCUUCCCUUCUCUCAGGUUGAAGCCAGCUACUCGUCGCUUCAGCAUUUCCUGUGCGGCUAAACCAGAGACAGUCGACAAAGUGUGUGAAAUUGUGAAGAAACAACUGGCUCUUACUGACGAUAAAGUAGUCAAUGGAGAGUCAAAAUUCACAGCACUUGGUGCUGAUUCUCUUGACACGGUUGAGAUUGUCAUGGGACUUGAGGAAGCAUUUGGAAUCACCGUGGAAGAAGAGAAUGCACAGACUAUUGCAACAGUUCAAGAUGCUGCUGACUUAAUUGAGGAUCUCAUCUCCAAGAAAGCUUAAGAAAUAUUGAGUUAUAGAGCUUGCCUAGCAAAAUUAGGUUUGGUAGGUCUCAUUUUGGUUGAAAGUUUGCCUAUCUUAUUUAGUCGUUUAAUCGUCAUGUCUCCUUAUGGAGAGCGUCUAUUGCAGUUUGUUCCAAUGAGCUAUGUCUAGGUAAAAGGAUUUCUUUCAUCUCUCGUCUUGUUUCUUUAAUUUACUGUAAGACAUUAUGGUCAUAAUUAAAGAUAUCCUUGUACUA